AUGUUUAUCAUCUACCUAUGGCUUGUCUUACCACUAGUAUGUUCACAGUCUACUUCAAAUGUAAGCGAAUUUACCGCUUAUGGAUCGAAAAUAGCUGUAAAUAACGUCAUGAUUGUUGAAGUUUACAAUGACCGUCAUCAGUUUGGCGUAGAAUUUGCAUCGGCUGGUGGAUCCACGUGUAUUUCGGAUUUUGAGAAUUCCUCUUACAUUUAUUCUGUAGCACUUGGAAAAUACGCGAAUGUCACAUCAUUUGCUUACAUUGGUAAGGAUAAAGAUACCAAAACUCUAUUUAUCAGUUCGACAACCGUGUUAGACAAUUGUACCUUCACUCCACCCAAUAUCUUCUCAUUCAAUUCCUCUCAUUCGGAUCAUUACCUGCUCGCCGUAAACCCGACCGGACAAUUUCUCUUUGGUUUUUCAAAUGAUUUUAUUUUGGUAUGGGAGCCAGAAAACCAGUUUGCCGAAAAAUGGACAAAUAAUAUAACGUAUGCACAACAGACAUUUGUACCGUACGCAGUUGACGUUAGUCAAGAUUUUGCUUUAGUCGUGGGUUCUGAUGGAUUCACAGGACCCAUUGCCUAUUUGCUGCAUUUUAAUUCUUGCAAUAUUAUCACAAGCAGUUUUGAGACGUGUAUGACAGUUGUGGAUGUUUAUGUAUAUAAUACUUCAGGAACCGGCGUCAGUAAUAUGUCGGUGAAAAUUAAUGAUGCCGGUCAUGUGUUGUGGAGCAUCGGUUCAAUAAAUAAAGUCAUUCUGAUGAGUAUAGUCAAUGUUUCAUUGAAUGUAAUAAGCACUAUUAACAACAUUGGUGAGGUAAAAGCAGUUGCGUGGAUGACAAGUACUACGUGUGCUUUUUUACUGUCAUCUCAGAUUCAAUUUUAUCAAAUAACCAACGGCACGUUCACAUAUUCGUCUACAUUUCCAAACACAUGGAAAACACUUUGCUCCACGAUGACGCCGAAUUUUGUAACGAUUGCCAUGAGUGACACAAUUGGCUUGGCGAUUCUCGAUGUCAAUGGUUACGUGUAUGUGAUUCGACCAACGACAAUCGGCUACUAUUCGGUAACGAGCACAGGCUGUGGCACAAAAAUCCGCUUUGCUUAUUCGAAGGAAGCUAAAUGUUUGCCCGGCUACUACCACAGCGAAACAUCGGCGAGACCGUGUGCGUUGUGCCCUUCAGAUACAUACAAUUCUGGGGAGAAUUAUGUCGAGUGUGUGCCUUGCAGUAACUCGUCAUUCUGUCCGCUUGGAUCUGUUGCUGAUGUCGAUAGUUCUGCUAUGACCAGUAUCGUUCAGGCUCGUGCUUAUCCAGUAUCACCGGAAAGCACCCUCUUUGACGAUAUUUUACUGCAAAAUAUGUUCAAUAUGAGCUUUUCACGACAUUGUCUUCUCGUAUCACCAUUGUUUUGGACGCUGUUAAUAAUUGCUUGUGCUCUGUUAGUGCUUACCGUCAUGGGCAUAUCCAAGUUUUUUGUGCAAUGCAAAGAUGCUCGACAAACAAUUAAAUAUGUGUUUAAACAGACUGAUCUAAUUGGCGAAGGCGAAUUAUGGAUAGGUGGAAUAGUGUCGUUUUCGGUUCUAGUUCUGGUAUCAUUCGCAUACGCUUUCAGCACACUUUAUUUAAAACAAUAUCCCAUCGAAACGUCCGCAGAUUCGGCAUUUGCUUGCAAUACAAAUUUACGCAAUUCUAAAUUCUCGACUCAAAUGCAACUGUUGGGCAUUCCAUUGAGCGAUGAAAUACAACCAUUGUUCGACAUGCUCGACGCACAAGCAUACAUGCUUAAUGUCGAUUUUGUGAACACGUAUUUUCACUGUAGUGAUCUGAUCAUUCAGCAAACAGUCGGCACUGUUGUCAGUGUGAUUCCGUCUCAAAACUGUUCUCAGCAUUCAGCCAUACUAUCAGUCGCUGUUGCACUUCCUCUGCACACAAUCGCCAUUCAACUGAGUUUGAAUGGCACACGAACGAUCGGUGGUAUGCGUGUCGGACUCUCAGGGCCAGCAGCGAGUAAUGAGGAAUAUACAGUGCAAGAGUUGAAUUUUAUGCAAGGUUAUAUGGUGCAGAAUCGAACAUUAUCACAAAAUCCGAGCCUUCAGUUACAACUUAUUCGACUUAUAAAUGAUACGGAGCCCCUAAGCGAAAGUGACAAAACAAUAUUCAGUGCACUGUGGAUUCCAACAUUUUCUUACGUUUCCGACCAGCUGUUCCUCACUGAAACACAAUACUUUGGUAAUACACGCUCUCAAACAUUGUUAACCGUUUCACUCAGUGAAAAAGCAUAUUAUGUAAUUAACACCCAAUCGCCUAUCGCCAAACAAGCCGAAGUCGUAUUUCACAGUAUCUUAUUCACCAUCGUUUGUCUCGAACUAUUUGGUCUACUGUUUGUCAUAUUCAAACUGGUAUUUGUACCACUGUUCAGAUUUGUAGUCAACAAGUUUCAACGCGCUGAUGCCCCGUACGAACUAACUCCGAUGUAA